UGAAUCCGCGCGUGUUUGUAUGCCGGAUUUGGUGUGUGCUGCUGGUUGUUUCUGCUGUUUCGAAGGCCAGUGCUCUCUACCUCGUGUGCAAAAUGACAAACCAUUGAAGCAUUCCAGCUGUCCAGCAAAUGCAGAUGGUGCAGUUUCGUGAAGGAUACCGCUACCGCUGUAACUCCUGUGUCUGGAUGGAUAAACUGUGAUCUGAAGUGCUCACCAGGAUCCAUGCAGACCAACAUGUGUUUGAAUUCCGUUUGUGCCGUCGGAGCUUCUCGCGAACGUUCAAGCUUAAGCAAGACCUGCACACUCACACAGCCAAAAGGCCAUUUCAGUGCCCUUCACGCUCAGAGCUUCUUACAAAAAGUUAUUCUAAAGCAACACCCGUGCUUCUUGAGAGGUGAGAUGCAAUUUCAUUGCCAUUUGUGUGCUAGGAGCUUCAAGAUGAAGUCUACAUUUAAGGAACACCUGUGCAUUCACACAAGAGAGAAGCCACUUGAAUGCCCUCGAAGAUUCCCACGAAAAAGUAAUCUCAAUCGACACCUGUGCACCCGCACAGGUGAGAAGACAUUUCAAUGCCCUUUGUGCCCUCAGAGCUUCUCACGAAAGAAUACUCUGAACCAACACCUGCAUACCCACACAGGUGAGAAGCCAUUUCAAUGCCCAUCGUGCCCUCAGAGCUUCUCGCAGAAAAAUAACCUGAACCAAUACCUGUGCACCCACACAAGAGAGAAGCCAUUUCAAUGCCCUUCAUGCCCUCAAAGCUUCUCACUAAAGAGUAUUCUGAACCAGCACCUGCGCACCCACACAGGCGAGAAGCCAUUUAAAUGCCCUUCAUGCCCUCAGAGCUUCUCACAAAAGAGUACCCUGAACCAACACCUGCACACCCAUACAGGCGAGAAGCCAUUUCAUUGCCCUUCGUGCCCUUCGUGCCCUCAGUCAUUUUCACGCAAGAGUAAUCUUAAGCAGCACCUGCGCUCCCACACAGGUGAGAAGCCAUUUCAGUGCUCCGCGUGCCCUCAGAGAUUUUCUCACAAAUGUAAUCUGAACAAGCACCUGCGCACCCACACAGGCGAGAGGCCAUUUCAGUGUCCUUGUUGCCCUCAAAGCUUCUCACAAAAGAGUACUCUGAAUCAGCACCUGCGUGCCCACACAGGUGAGAGGCCAUUUCAGUGCCCUGCGUGCCCUCAAAGCUUCUCACGAAAGAGUUAUCUGAACCAGCACCUGUGCACCCACACAGGCGAGAAGCCAUUUCAAUGCCCUUUGUGCCCUCAGAGCUCCUCACGAAAGAGUCAUCUGAACGAGCACCUGCGCACCCACACAGGUGAGAAGCCAUUUCAAUGCCCAUCCUGCCAUCAGAGCUUCUCACUGAAAAAUACUCUGAACCGACAUCUGCGCACCCAUACAGGCGAAAAGCCAUUUCAAUGCCCUUCAUGUCCACAGAUGUUUUCACGCAAGAGUAAUCUGAACGAGCACCUGCACACCCACACAGGUGAGAGGCCAUUUCAGUGCACUGCGUGCCCUCAAAGCUUCUCACGAAAGAGUCAUCUGAACCAACACCUGCACACCCACACAGGAGAGAAGCCAUUUCAAUGCCCUUUAUGCCCUCAAAGUUUCUCACAAAAGUCGACGUGGAAGGUUCACCUGCACUUCCACUAAUGUGAGAGGAUGUUUCAGAGCUGUUCAUGUCCGAGAACUUGUGGAAGUCUGCAUUAAACCAACAGCCACACUUACGGGCAGCCAUUUCAAUGCCUUGCAUGCCCUCAGCAAUCCUCAAAAGUCCUUACUGAAGGACCACGUGUGUAUCCACUCAGCGAGGCCAUGUCAGUGCUCUUCGUGUACUCGGAUGUACUCAUGGAAGUUCGCACUGAACUUCUCUUCCACUAAUGUGAGAGCCUGUUUCAGGGUCCUUUCAGGGUCAUGUCCUGAGAACUUGUCGUGAAAAUCUGCACUGUAUCGACACCCACUUGCCCACACGAAGUCUGUAGUGAAGGAUCACCUGUGUAUCCACUCAGGGAGACACCAUGUGAGGGCUCUUCAUGCCCUCAGAGUUACUUGCAGAAGUUCGCACUGAACUGACACAUGCACAACCCACAUAAGCGAGAGGUCGUUUCAGUGCCAUUUCUGCCGUGAAACCUUCGGACAUAAAAGCCACCUCAAUAGGCACUUUGCCACUACAAGUGCACCUAACAUCUGCAGUGCAGCAGCGCUGAGUUGUGUGCACUCUUCAUUGUUCCUUCUUGCUUUUCAUGUUUUUCUUAGCUUUUUUUUCAUGGAAGCUCAGCGUAUGUGUAGGCCUGUAGUUUUAUACUAUGAUGAAACAUUGUAAGUCUUCACUUUUUGUUAUGAUUGUUGUUAUCUCUAUCUGUUGUGUUAUCUCUUUGUUGCAGACAAUUCUUUCUGCAUUGAAAUGUUACGCCACACACUGCCAUCUUUGUUAAGCUCAUUGGAAACUCAAUAGACACCUAUCUCUCCUUUUAAUAGGCUCAUUGUGGAUUCCUUUUUUUUCUUUUUUUUUGUUUUGCUCUGGUAUACACUGACGCCAUGAAUGCUUAACCAAUUUCCUCUUCUUGUCAGUAACUUAUUAUUCAUAUAUGUGAAUUUCGAGGCUGUAUUAUUUGUGUCAUUUCAUACUAUUCGCUUCUGUAAUACAAUUUCUUGCAGCAUGCUAUUGUUGAUUUUUUACAAUGUUCACUAAUGUUCACUUUUUUUCUCGUUUAUCCAUUAUUGUAUGUUUGUGUUCUCUUUAUUGUGCACAGUACCAUUUUUUGUAGGGGGUACAGACCCCGUCAAGCCGAAUUCAUUUGGCUUUUUGUCUGUACUCCUAUCAUCUAUACACGUAUAGAUGCAAAUAAACAUGAAUUGAACUGCUCUUUACUAAAUCAGUUGUGCGAGUUCGUUUCAGUGCACUAAAUAAAAUUUGGGAUUGGGCUUUGUUAAUUAUUGAUACUUCAAUACUUUCACUAAUAGCAUGUAAUGUUUCAAUUCAUUCGCAUUUAUUGUGCUGAACUCUUCAAGCGAAUUUGAGCGGCUAUUUACUAUUGCUGUUUAAUGUAGUUAAAACAACUUUUUCUCAGGAAUUGAAAUUAUGCAAUUAUUAUGUGCAUUUUUGAUUCCUACUACGUUUCAACUGGUUUCAGUGAUGCUGAAUGAACUGGUGUGAAAUUUUUUUGCUCAUAAAGAUCCGUGCAGACCUUUGAGAACCUUGAAAAUUGCUUCAUAAUAAAACAUUGUUCUCAUGGA